UCAAUCUAAUAUUAAUUAUUAUUGUCGUCAAUUGGAAUGCUCAUUAUUGUUAAUUGAAUUGUUGAAUUUUCAGCUAAGUUCACGUUGGAUGUUCGACCUCUCCGAUUCGACCCGGGCGAACAUCGAGUUGGCGACACCGUCGCGAGUUGCCAGUCGAUUGAUCGCUAACUUCAGACCGGUAAAGUCUGGAGCAGUCGAUGUGAGUCGAUGGCAGUCGAUGCAACUUAUAUGUACGGUUACGAUGCUGAUUGUGAUGUUUGUUGUAUAAAUUCUACUGUCGACACCGGAGAGGAGAGAGUUUGCGUAUCCAGUGCCGCGUUCGCGGUCGUUGACGAGGUCCUUCUUCGGAUCUGCAUUAGUCAUAGUUUUUACCUAGAACGGACCACGGCCUUUAGAGUGGAUUAGCAAGCUGCUUGCUAGUCUGACAGAAGAUUUACAAAAUGCAAAAUUGGAACCAAUGGCAGUUGUCAGCUGGUGUUACGACUCCAGUGCCGCAGCCACCAAUUGGCUACGCUGCACCAGCAGGCGUAGAUCCUAUGACCUUGAUGCAAAGCUACAUGCAAUAUUAUAAUCAACCAGCACCUAGCGGAUAUACACCGGAGCAAUGGGCAGCUACACAACAGCAAGGCUGGGCUCAAUGGCAACAAUGGCAACAGCAGUAUCAACAAUGGCAGACACAAUAUGGCGACAAGUACCAGGAGAUGAAGCAUUUAUCAGCGCAAGAUAUGAAUUUGACGGGCCAGAUGCAAGUACCAUCAAGUGCACAACCACCGCCUCUUCCCAAAGAGGACACACGACCUCCCUUGCCUCCCACUACCACAAAUACAUAUCAAUUUACGAAUGUUCCACCCCCGCACCAAAACAAUCUUCCAUUAUUCCCCACAAAGGAAUCUACUAAUAAGACAAUGUCGCAAGCGAACGUGACAAAUUAUCCAACAAAUCCACCGUUACCUACUACCAGCCAACCACCCUUACCACCUGAAAUCGGCGAGAAUAGAGAGAAUAUUAUAACUAAAAAAUCUAAUAGUAAUACAAUUAGUGAUUCCAAUAGUGCUAAAAAAUUUGAAGAUGACGAAUUGACUGAAGCUGAGAAAACAUUUGACGCACAGUUCAAACAGUGGGAAGAACAGUUUAAUGUCUGGAAACAGCAAAAUGCCAAUCAUCCAGACAAGACUCAAUAUAAACAAUACGAAGCUAAAUGGACUACUUGGCGUGAGAAACUUCUUGAACGACGUGAGCAAAUGCGCAAGAAACGUGAACAACAGAAACAGGCUGCUGCGAAAGCCGAAGCUGAAAAGAAUAAGAAUGUACCUGGCGACGAUAAAAUACUUAAUAUCUUGUCGAACACCGAAAAUCAGCAUCUGAUCAACAAUUUGUUGGGUAUUGGAAAAACUUUGGGUCUUACAGGGAAGCAAAAUAUUUCCGCAUCUUUACUACCACCACCGCCACCGCCACCAUUGCCAGAAACUACAAAUUCAAACAAUCAACUUCCAACACAGGGAAUGCAGCAAACUCCAUCGCAAGUAAAUAUCGUUAGACCUGCGACAUCUAAUUGGCCUAAUCAACAACAAUGGGGAAAUCAACAAUAUAAUCCCAGAAUGGAAGCACCGGGAUACGGUCCCGGAAUGGGAUCGACAGUGCCUCCGAUGCUCUCAACACCAGAUCUGGGGCCACCUCAAAUGGUCUCGCCAAAUUUUCAACAACUACAACUGAGUUUGCCAAAUAAUAUUGUACCAAAUUUUUCGCAACCUCCACCAAAUUUCCCUAAUAAUGAUAGAAUGCAAUUGCAAAAUGUGAAACCAGGUCCACCAAACAUGAAAGAUGGUCUCUCAUAUGGUCCGACUGAUUCCUCAAAUACGGAUGUGCGCUUUAAGCAUCUAAAUGAAAGACCACCUUCCAAUUUUGACGGCCCGCCUAACUUUAGAAGAAGUGAUCAGGAACGUUUUGAACGAGAUAAUACUAAUCCAAAUGUGCAUCAACAAGAUCAAUUUGGACCACCUACUGAUACUUUUGACAAAGUCGACGCGCAACGUUUUAGAAGAGGCGACAGAAAUUUAAGUGACUUUGGAAAUAGUCAGUUAAACUCUCAGAAUAAUUUUAAUUCAAGUAAUGAUCGAUUUAAGUCAACAAAUGAUCGUUUUAAUAGAGAAAACAAUCGAUUUGGACCGGUUGGUGGUGAUAGAUUUACAUCAGGAGGCGAUCGCUUUGGACCAAAUAAUGAUCGUUUUGGUCCAGCCAAUGAAUGGUUUGGACAGGAGGGUGAGCGUUUUAGACCUGGAAAUGAUCGGCUCGGAAUGGAGAAGGAUCGCCGCGGAUCUGGAACUGAUCGAUUUCCAGAUAAUGAGCGGUUUAGCUCUGAUCGAUUUGUACCAGGUAGUGAACAAUUCGCUCCUGGAACUGACCGUUUUGAUCCUAAAAAUCGUUUCUUUUCUGGUAAUGAUCGAUUUGGGCCCAAUAGCGAACACUUUCGUCCGAACGAUCGAUUUGGUAGAGGUAACGCUGAUUACUUCGAUCCGAAAGAUUUAGGUGAUAACAGACGAGACAAUUUUGGUACUAAUGUUCGGGGUUUUAAUAGGAAUCCAUCGUUUAGUCCGCCGAAAGAGCUACCACCAGAAUUGAAGAAACUCAUGGAAAAGCGAAAGGCAGCGGGAGAUGUAUUCAGACCCAGUUUUGUUGAUUCUGACAAGUCUACUGGUAUUGGUUCUCUUAGUGAGAGCUUUAAAAAGAUUACCGGUGAUUCACCUUUUAAAAGCUCCUUUGAUUUUCCAAAGAAUCCACCGAAUCGUAGUACAACAACAAAUAGCGGACCAUCAAGUUUUCAAUUACCUUUGUCUUCCGAUUCAGGACAAGCUUCUAUUUCCUCCACGCAUGGGCCACGAGAUCUUUUUAACCGCGAUAACGAAACUCCUUUCAGAGGACAUCCAGAUAACUUUGGUAAACAUAAUCCUAUGGAUUACAAUGAACGAGGAAAAAAUAUGGAAAUCAGACCGCAUCCCAAUCAAUCCCAACCAACAAAUAUUCAGCCUCUAGAUGCUGUUAAACAGUCUGAAAAGAUUGAAACUACUGAUUCCGAAUCAACCUUGCAAACUGGUAAUAUUACAGAUGCAAAAGGUACAGAAACAAUGCAAGAAGUGAGUGAAGUUAAUAGUUCUAUUGAGCAAAAUAAUACCGUUAUUUCUGAUAGUUUGAAAAAUGACAAUGGAGAAGAGAAUAAAAUUAUUGGCGAUAAUGAUAAUUCUUUACAGCAGGAUGAUAAGAAACAUGAUAAUAAUCAAAUUCAAACCAACAUUAUUGAAAAAGUAGAUGAAUCUCAUGACAAUGAUAAUAGUAUUAAACAAAUUGAAAGCUUACCCUUUAUGGGCGAAAAUGACGUACAUCCAGAGGAUUUGAAUAUGGAACCACCACCGGAAUUGCCAAAUUUAUGUCCUAUUUCUACGGAUUCUAGUCAAAAUAAACCAACGAAUAAAGAUUUUGAUAGACAGAAACCAAUUGAUAAUCAAUUCGAUAUGCGUUUUAAUAAUAGUUUUGGUCCCAAGGGAAUGGAAUUUAAACCUGGUCCGCCAUUUGGACCUCGGGGACCAAUGUUUGGUCCCAAAGGUUCUCAUAUGUUUCCUUCGUCAGGACCAUUUUUAUCACAAGGUUCUAUGAAUGUUCAAUUGGGUCCACGAGGUCCCAAAGAUGGUCAAUUUGGACUUAAUGUAUCCAAUGAAAACCGAUUUAGUCCUCGAAACUCUAAUAAUGAACAAUACGGUGAACGAGAUUGUAACGAUGAGUUUUCUGAACCUUCAAACAGUGAGAAAUUUGACUUACGUGGCUCUAUAGAUGAAUCAGUUGGUCAUUUUGGACCUCGAGCGCCAAUAAAUGCAAAAUUCGGUCCAAGAGGACCUAUUGAUCGACAGAUUGGACCAAGAGGACCAAUUAAUUUACCAUUUUUUCCGCGAAAUCCGGGUCCAUUUGGGCUCAGAGGUAAUAUGCAAUUUGGUUUGCGAGGAGGCCCUAGAGGUAUUAAUGAUCGUUUGAUGAUCUCUGAAAGACCGUUUGGUCCGCGAGGACCCAACGAUGGAACAUAUGGUCCUAGAGGACCCAAUGAUGCGCCUUUUAAUAUCAGACGUCUUUCUGAUUCGCAGUUCAGCACUAUGGGGCCUAAAUUUGGUAAUGUCAAUGAACCACCCUUUGAUAAGAGACCUUCUUUUGAUAAUAAUGAAUCCUUUUCUGAUGAAAGAAUUCUUGGUUCUCGAAAAUCCAAUGAAAAUCUGCCUGGUCCCUGUAGUCUUAAUGAAUCUAUUCCACUUGGUCCUCGCAAUUCAAAUGAUGGUCCGCUUCAAUCUAACUCAAAGAAUUUUAAUGAGAAUCGAUUUGAGUCUCGAGAUUCUAAUAAUGGAUCAUCAGAUUUUAAAGCAAAAGGUCCGAUGAACGAUUCAACUAAUACGAAUUUCCCAACUCAGAGCGAUUCUUUGCUUAAUUGCAGUGAUUACAUGCGUGGAAAUUCUUAUAUUAGAAAAGAACCAUUUGAAGAUAAUAUUUUCGCCAAGAGAGCCAGAUAUGAAAAUCCAAAACCAGGCGAGGAAUUCAAUAAGAGUUGUUUCGACAGGAAUCUCGAAGUAGAAAUGCGGAAAGAGAACACUGGUGAGUUCAUUAAACGCAUGCCCGAUUUGAAUGCAAAAGAAUUAGAGACUGUAGCAUCUCGUCCAGGACCGAGUGAUACAUGGAAGGGCAAUCUCGUAGGCGGUCAAAGACCCGUUACUGAGCAACAUAAUGUUGAUCGAAACAUUCCCAAUAUAUUCGACGAGCGAUCGAGAAUAGAAAGAACCGUGCUUGAACCAAAAGGCGCGUUGCGAUAUAAUGAAUCUGCCUCUAACUUAUUCAUGAAACGAUCUAAGGGUGAUGAAGAAUUUUGCGUGCAGAGACAGUUUAAUUAUAAUCAUGGCGCAGGUGAUCAGAAAUUCGUUGAAUCACACAACUUUAUCCCAACGAAGGUGAUUGAUUAUGGGCACGUGUCUCGUUCUUCGAGUAUGGAUCAGCAUUUGUCGUCAAUUCAGUGCUUUGAUUAUGGACACGGAAAUCUAAAACCGACAGUGAAUCGCGAACAGCAGCAGCAACAGCAUUACCCGAAGAGAGAUUUUAGGAAUUGGGUGGAGAACGAGCAAAAUCUGAAGGAAUACACUGAGAAGAUGAGCAACUACGAGAAUAAGAAGGCAUAUGCCGGAAAAACGCGAAACUACGCAACGAAUUACGACGCGCGCAGAUCGACGGAUUAUAACAAACGAAAAGAACAUGACUGGCAAUCAAAUGAUAAGAAAACCGAUGGCGAGAAAAAAGAAGACGACGAUCGUAAAGAAAGAGGAUAUAAUCCCGACUUAGAAUCCCGAAUUUUUGAACGAAAUAUUGAUAUUGAUCAAAACGAUCGGUAUCAAAAUGAAACAGAUAUAGAAAUUAUUCAAGAGAUUCGUGGUAGAGAAAUGAGUUCCCGUAGAGAAAUGAAUAAAGACAAUGACAAAGAUGAUAGAUUGAAAGGAAAUGUUAACUGGCAGGAGAAUUCAAAUAAAAACGUCGUAGAUACAAAACUACAGGAGAUAAGUCUUUCUUCAGAUACAAAGAAAAAUGUUACGGAAACAACUACGAAAACUCUGGAAUUGGCAAAAAUUCCAAAUUAUACAAUGGUCGAUGAUCUAUUGUGCCCACCAGGUCGCCAGAACAGACCACCAAAAAUAGCUAUUAUUCUUAGAGGACCACCUGGAAGUGGCAAGUCUUUUGUGGCUAAACUUAUCAAGGAUAAAGAGGUUGAUCAAGGUGGUUCUGCCCCGAGAAUAUUAAGUUUAGAUGAUUACUUCCUUGUCGAAAAAGAAAUAGAAACUAAAGAUGAUAAUGGAAAGAAAGUCACAGUUAAGGAAAUGGUAUAUGAAUAUGAAGAAGCUAUGGAGCAGAGUUAUGUAACAUCUCUUGUUAAAGCUUUUAAGAAAAAUAUAACAGAUGGAUUUUUCAAUUUUAUCAUAUUAGAUUGCAUUAAUGAGAAGAUUUCAGAUUAUGAAGAGAUGUGGAGUUUUGCUAAAACGAAAGGUUUUAAAGUAUACGUAUGCGAGAUGGAAAUGGAUGUCCAGAUAUGCUUAAAGAGAAAUAUUCACAAUCGCACUGAGGAUGAAAUUAAUCGUAUUAUAGAUUACUUUGAACCAACGCCCAGUUAUCAUCAGAAGUUAGAUGUAAAUUCUAUGUUACAAGAGCAAGCAAUAGAAGAGGUGGAUAUGGAAGACAGUCAAGAAACGCAAGAGAAAUCUACCAUGCAAACUGAAGAUAGUCAAGAUAGUCAAGAAGAUACUCAGGAUACAAUUGGUGUUAGUAAAUGGGAAAAAAUGGAAGCUGAAGAUAAAUUAGAUCGAUUGGAUGGUCUGGCAAAGAAGAAAGGUGAAGCAAGACCGCAAACUAUGGAAGAUUUUCUACAAGUGCCCGAUUACUACAACAUGGAAGAUACUUCUGGCAAAAAACGAGUACGUUGGGCCGAUUUAGAAGAGCGUAAAGAGCAGGAAAAAAUGCGUGCUGUCGGAUUUGUUGUUGGGCAUACUAAUUGGGAUCGAAUGAUGGAUCCUACAAAGGGUGGAAGCGCCUUAACACGCACAAAGUACAUAUGAUUCAAAAUUACUUCUGAAGUAUGUAAUAAUUAAUAAGAAUAAAAUUAGACAUAGAUUUUAUUAAUUAUUUUUUUCAUGACUUCCUUGUUUAAGUUUUUUGUUUUAAUUUAGAUUUUGGCUAUAUAUACAUAUACGUGUGUGUGUGUGUGUGUGUGUGUGUGUGUGUGCGUGCGCGCGCGUGCGUGUAUGUGUGUAUGUGUGUGUAUUAACAAAAUCUAAAUUUACGGUUAUAUGUUGCUGUACUGUUAUUAUUGUCCAAGACAUUGUCAAUUAUAUUUGUACAAAUAAUAGCAGUAAUGAGAGCAAAUGGAAUUAUAUCAAUUUCUAUACGUACCUAGAUGAAAGGUUUCUAUGACUUUCGAUUUUCCGAUAAAGAUUACGAACUUUAAAUUUCAUAUACAUAUAUACAGAUGUGUGAGCUCAAACUCGCAAUCUGUCAGAGUCCAUCACUCUCACAUGGAGUCACACGACAACCCAUCUAUAUUUGUACAAAAUAUAAUAGAAAUAAUUAUGUGCACAUAAUAUACAAUACUAGUAUAAUUAUGAUAAUUAUGUAUAUAAUACACUAUAUAUAAAUAUAGCUUUUAUGAGUGUUAAUAUUUUAUUUAUAUUUGCAAUAUAUAUUUAACAAAAAUUAAUAAAAAGGUAAAUUAGAUAAAGCAGCUGGUUAUAUUGACUUUUUUCAGUAAUUAUGUACUUUUUAGUGCGUUGUAUUUUUAUUAUAUUAUAUGUAAUUAUAAUUUAUUACAUGAUAAUCAUUGGAUUAUAUAUUUUUACGUUGUCAGAAAGAUCAACAGUUUAAUUUGUACAUUAAAAGAGAAGUACAUUAUUCAAUUUGAAUAAUACAUCUUAUUGUUUUAUGUUUAAAACACUGCAAUAUAUAAAAGAAACUUGACUGUUACAAAUGAGAACAAAUUGUUUUAUAACUUGUUAAUAUAUUUAUUUUGAUUUUAUUCAUUAAAGUGUACCUCUUAUUUUUUAACAGCAUUAAAAAAGAUUAAGCAUAAAAUACCAAAGAGUUAAGGUAUAUCACUUUUGUAGAAAUGAGAUAAAAUGCUUUAUAAUAUCUUGAUUGCAUAACAAAUGGUAUACACAAUUUGCUAAAAAAUAUGCUAUUCUUUUUAACAAUAAGAAUAAAAAAUGUAAUCAUUUUUUACAAAAUUAAUAGUUUCUUUUCCUGGGACAGGUUUCUAUCUUUUUAUCUUGACACAAUUAGAAAGAAAUAAUGAAAGAAAAAAAAAUUCUACACGUGCUAUUGGUACUAAUUUAAGAGAUUUUAAAAUUCACUUGGUAUUAAAAUUUAAUGUCAUUCACUUGCAUAUUGGUGAAAUAAAGCAUACAAAGAAUUAAUGUGAAUUAUAAGUUUGUGUAAAAUAAGAGGACGAUAUUUUUCAACUUAAUUUGAUAAAUCUAACAUUUUUAUAAAAAGAAAUAUGGUCACAUGUUAUAAUGUGGCAUACAAUUAAAUAAAUCGAGUAUGAUUAAACACGUAAAUAAUAAAACAAUGGAAUCUUACCCGAUAUGACAUCUUCCUCUGACUUACCUUAAUUUGUUAAUUACUCUAUUAAUUACAUUGACUGCGUUCCAAAAUUCACUGUCAGUAUUGAAAACUAGUUUCUGUUACGUAUACUAUUAAUUUUCAGUAUUAAUAGUAAAUUUUGGAAUAUAGAUUAGAACAAAUACUUCAGAUUAUAUCAAAUUCAGUCUUUUAUAUAAAAAAUCAAAUCCCAAUUAGUAAUGAAAAAGUUAAAUUGUAUGUCACAAUGGAUACAAUAAAAGUGUAAAAAUACAACAGAUAUCUUUACAUUUUUAUUGUAUCCAUUGUAACAUACAAUUUUUAUUAUUCACUUUUCGACCUUUAUUAGGUAUUUUUUGUCACACAAACCAAAUUAUAUGUCGAGUAUCUAACUCGAUAAUUCAUAAUAUUUCGAAGAAUGGCGAAUAAUUAUCUUUUGUUGUAGGAAAACACGCAGAUUAAUAUCAUUUUACAGGGGUUGUACCAUAAGUCAUAUAUUUAGAGAUAAAUUUUUUAUUAAAAUAUUAUAUUAAGUAAUUUGAUAUAUAUAUUUUGCUAUUAUUUGAGCAAAGUGUUUCGAUUAUAUUUAAAAAAUUAUUAAAUACACGCAGUUUUAUAAAUUAAUGUAUUUUUUAUUUUAAUUUUAUUGUUUUAUUUGCAGUAGCAAUUCGUACAUGGAGAUAUUUGUUCAUUAAUGUAAAGUUGUUGACACUUUAUUAAUUAUGAUGGAUACUUAUUAGGUGCACAACUUUGCUUCCGCCGUUUUCCAAUAGAUAGCUAUAGCGGUAAGUGGUGGUCAAAAUAAAUAGAUCGUAGACGUCAUACAAUAAGCUUAGGCAUUUAUAAACAUAACGCUAUCGAAAUAUUAAUCGAUUUGUGUCUGUAUCAUAAAGUUAUUCUCGAUUGAAAAUGUCAGCUUACGAGCCAAAUUCUCGUCAUUUGCGGGAGGUUUUAAUUUUUUGCUUCAAUAUGAAGAAAUCCGGUUGAGGCUCAUCGAAUGCUGUCAAAUACGUAUGGAGAGGCCGCUGUUAGUGAAAGAACGUGCCGAGAGUGGUUUCAACGCUUCAAGAACGGUGAUUUUGACGUCGAAGACCGGUAUGACAGUGGAAGAGAGGUUUUCGAAGAUGCAGAAUUGGAGGCAUUACUUGAUUAAGACCGUGUCAAACGCAAGAAAAAUUGGCAGGAUCAUUGGGAGUGACUCAACAAGCCAUUUCAAAACGCCUGAAAGUUAUGGGAAAAGCAAGGAAAUUGGGUGCUAUAAGAGUUGAAGCCGAGAGAUGUUGAACUUGUUUGCUUGUAAACAGUUGCUUGCAAGGCAAAGACGGAAGGGAUUUCUGCAUCGUAUUGUGACUGGGGAUGAAAAAUGGGUUCAUUACGAUAAUCCCAAGCGCAGAAAGUCUUAGGGACUUCCCGGUCAUGCUUUCACGUCGACGGCCAAACCGAAUAUUCGGCUCCAAAAUCAUGCUCUGUAUUUGGUGGGACCAGCUCGGCGUAGUGUAUUAUGAGCUACUAAAACCGACUGAAACAAUCACAGGCGAUCGGUAUCGAAAGCAAUUGAUGCGUUUAAGCCGAGCACUGAAAGACAAACGGCCGCAAUACAACGAUAGUCACGAUAAAGUGAUUUUGCAGCAUGACAAUGUUCCAUGUCGCAAAGCCCGUCAAAACAUACUUGGAAACGUUGAAAUGGGAAGUCCUAUUCCACCCGCCGUAUUCUCCGGACAUUGUUCCCUCUGACUAUCACUUGUUUCGAUCAAUAACACACGGCCUGGCUGACCAGCACUUUCGUUUUUAUGAAGUGAAAAAUUUUGGAUUGAUUCGUGGAUCAUCUCAAAAGACGACCAGUUUUUUCGACGCAGGAUUCGUAUGCUGCCAGAAAGAUGGGAGAAAGUAAUGACCAGCAAUGGACAAUACUUUGAAUCGUAAAUGUAUAACCAGUUUUUCACAAUAAAGCCUCGAAUUUCGAAAAAAGAAAAAAA